UAAUAUUUUCGCUGGUCUACCAGUCUUUUAGUUCUAGUUAGUUGUAAAUUCAUCAGGCACAAUAAAUACUCACGAUUAAACCUUUUGUGAAAUGCUUUGUACACACCUUUAAGAAACACUGAAAUUUUUUGGCACAUGUAUUAACAUUCUGUAAAGCAUUUAAAUACAAUUGAAAAACUUGACUCAAACAUUCAACAGACAUUACAAAUCGGAAUAUUCAAUUUUAGCAUCAUUCGGGAAAAAAAUAUUAUGGAAUGAAAAUAUGCCAAAGACUAAUAAAAUAUGACUUUAUUGAGUGAAACGACCUAUGCAUUUAUUAACAACAAUUUACAAGACAAGUCUGCACCAAAAUAUGAAGUCAUCCCGAAUGAAACAAGUGAAUAUCUAAAGGAAAGUACAACACACCACUUUGUCAAACAGCCAACCAGUAAAGGGCCAUCAGAAAGGAAACUUAGGCUACACAGAAAUUGCUUUUCACGCAUAAAGAGUUCACGAAAUGUUUGUGAAGGUGGUGAUAUACAACUAAGGCAUGUUCAUCCCUGUACUCCAGACAUUAAUUUGUAUAAUAGGCAUUCCGUACACAAUACUUCAUUUCCACCAUCAUCAUCAACAACAUCAUCCCGGUCAUCUUCACUAUCAUCUCGACAGUUGUCACCAACCACAACUCCGAAAGCUCCAUUACUAGGAACAAAUCAUAAACGCAAUUUUAAUAAAAACAGAAUAUUCAAAGAUCACCUAUGUGUAGAUAAUGUUAGCAGCCAACAAACGCAUCCAUGUAAUGAUCUGUAUAAAGAGAGUGGAGAAUCAAAGCCACACAUGCAUACAUAUUACAGCAACAACUUGACGAAUAAACUAUACAGUCCACCUAUAUCUAACUUUAAAAUGAAAGCAAGACGUGUAUGGAAUGUGUUUGAGCGCAAAAUGAGCAAUAGUAAGGGAAUAAGUCAAAGUAAAUCAGUUGGAAACCUUGAGUAUACAUCAAGUGCAUUACGUACUCCUGAUUAUCAUAUUCAGAGCAAUAAAGAACCAGAUCUAUCACGUUUACAGAUGAACAAACCAAGAAGUGAAACAAAAAAGGAAUGUACGCCUUCAGCGCACAACGAAUCAAAUGGUUGGUCUUUUCCACAUUCUAAAUCAUUCGACGCCUCAGUACAUCUUGGUGAUAGAGAUGAGAUCCAUGAGACAGUGUGCUAUAAAUAUAUGUCUCCACAGUGGAAAAGCCUUGUAGAUAAUUAUUAUCCUGCAAUGCGUACAGAAGAAUGCUGUGGCAGAGACGUCACUUCACAUCUUAAUACAUCACAUAUCAUGGUUCCUUGUACUAAUUCUAGAAAUCCAACAUAUUUCUUUCAUGAGGAUCUCACUCAAAAAUUAGCGAAUGUCAUAAUUUCCAACAGUAAUCAUCAAAAAAUAUUUCCCGAGAGAUGCCUUCAUCAAAAAAAUGCAAAUCAGAGGAAGUGUAAGGCACACAUGAAUUGUUUGGAAAGUUCAGUCUAUGUUUCACCUAAGGGACUACCUAUCCAGGAGGUACGCGAAAUCACUGUCACACGUCCUGCUGUAGGACAACGGUUUGGAAUGCGGAUAGAGAAACUUGAAAAGGGGACAUUUCUGACCACAGUGUUACCUGGUUCGGUAGCUUCACAAGCUGGAUUGAAAAUUGGAGAUGAGAUUUUACAACUGAAUGGUGUUUCAGUACAGCCAAUUUCCAUCAACACUAUAAACCAACUUAUACGUUCAACACAGUAUCAUUUAAAGAUUGCAUACCGCCCAAGAACAAUGCUAGCAAAAAUCAGAUUCAUAGUAGUCAAGAAAAUUGAUGGACGCGUUGGAAUCCGACUGAAGAGAAUUGCUCAGUUUUUUUUCAGUCUAACAAAAGUGCUGGCACGCACCUUCAUUUACACAAUGCAACACACUUGCAAACACUAUCCAAGUUGGCUGACAAGAGAAGAAUAGAUUCGCACCUGGAGCUUUGUAACGGAACACUAUUAAUUCAGGACUUUUGGCUUCUUUUGAUAAGUUCUUCAAAAUUCUGUUGUGAAAUUUGCGGUAACAGAGGCUUAUAAGUCAAAUCUUUUUUUAAAGUGUGCACCAGAAGCGAAAAUGUAAUUUCAUUGGUUGUUUUAUUUCUCAUUGUUGAUGAUUGUUUAUCUGUGUGAGUAAUCAUACAGGAAUUUCAGACUCUCUUAUCGAGUGCAAGAUUUUCGACGGCAUGUAUCAUUCAUUUCAAAAUAACCUAGGUUUAGUGAUCUGAUCGCACUCUACAAAUGUAAGAAGGAAUCAUUGCUACUUCCCAAUAAACAUUCAUAAAUACUGAUUAUUCAGUGACUCAAAUCAUUUCAUAAAUUAUCUGUAUUUAAAUUCGUGACAUAAUUAAGUAUUCAUUUACUUCAAAGCCUCAAUUUAAUUUGCAUAUCUUUUGUAGAAAACCUACCUGGCAUGACUGCCUAGCGAAUCAUUUUCUAGUAACUCUGUACUAACUGCUUUCAUGUAAAUAUUUUAAACCGUGUGUUUUCUGUCUAUCUUUUAAGAAAACUUGCUGAAUGCCAACUAUUUGUGAG